GCUUGGAAACUUGUGUCACCUGUCCAGGAGAUCAAUAUCCAAGCAAAGGGAAGGAUCAAUGCAUUCUUAAGACACAAAACUUCCUAGCUUUUGAUGACACUUUGGGCAUUGUUUUAACUUUCUUGGCACUAAUUCCCUCUCUGAUCACAGUUCUGGUGCUGGGCAUCUUCAUUAAGCACCAGGAUACAGCCAUAGUCAAAGCCAACAACAGAAGCCUCACCUACAUUCUCCUCAUCUCCCUCCUCUUCUGCUUCCUCUGCUCCUUCAUGUUCAUUGGAAAACCUAACAAGGUAACUUGUCUUCUCCGACAAACUGCUUUUGGCAUCAUCUUCACUGUGUCCCUCUCUUGCAUCUUGGCCAAAACAAUUUCUGUGGUUUUAGCAUUCAUGGCCACCAAACCAGGAUCCAGGAUGAGAAAAUGGUUAGGGAAAGGAUUGUCUUAUUCCAUUGUCCUCUUUUGCUCCAAUAUUCAAUUGGGCAUCUGUGUUUUAUGGCUUGCAACUUCUUCUCCAUUUCCAGAUUUGGACAUGAGCUCAUUGACUGAUGAAAUAGUUGUGCUCUGUAACGAAGGAUCAACCAUCAUGUUUUAUUGUGUUUUGAGUUACAUGGGUUUCCUGGCCAUUGUCUGCUUCAGUGUGGCCUUCCUAGCCAGGAAGUUGCCAGACACUUUCAAUGAAGCCAAGUUCAUCACCUUCAGCAUGUUGGUCUUUUGCAGUGUUUGGCUGACCUUUGUUCCAACUUAUUUGAGCACAAGAGGAAAAUACAUGGUAGCUGUUGAGAUCUUCUCCAUCUUGACCUCCAGUGCUGGACUGCUGAAUUGCAUCUUUUCCCCCAAAUGUUACAUUAUUCUUAUGAGGCCUGA